AUGGUCAUCCGCGACGGCGACCCCCCGGGCUUCACCCCAUCUUCCACCUCCCACUACUCCCACUACUGCCACGACGACACCGACGACACCGAACUCCGCCGCGCCGCCGCCGCGGCCCAACACCAAACAAACACCGCCGUCCAGCGAUGGCACAACCGCAUCGCCAACCAUCCCCGCAUCAACCCUUCUUAUCCUUCUUCAGACCCCUCGGACCCCUUCGGGGAAUCUACCAUGGCCGGCCUACCUUCAGCUAACCCAUCGGCGUCUUACUGGUUACAGAAAAGUGAGGAAUCGCAACGGCUGGAGGAUUUCAGGAGUACGAGGGAAUUGCCGGGGACGGCGGAUACGGUUAUUGUUGGGAGUUCUGCCUCCGCUGCAUCAUCAUCAUCAUCAUCAUCAUCAUCAUCAUCAACAGCAGGACAACCUUCCGGUGACUGGAAGCAGAAAUACAACAAGCCCUGGCCAUCCACCAACUGGCCACCACCACCCGACUGGAACGAAGAGCCAGCACUUGAUCCCUUUUCUCCUCACACAGAAGAAGAAGAAGAAGAAGAAGAAAACGAAAACAGCUACACCGGCGUCCUAAUGCUCGAAGCCCGCCAACCCUGUUCCGGCGCCACCGGCCGCAACGGCGGACACUGUCAACCUCUCAUAUACUCCUCUUCCUCCUCAACCGCCGAGUUCGAGCUGGCUACUUACCACUUCAUCAAAUCCUUUGUUGAAAAACAUGAGAUUGGGGAGCAAGUAGAUUGGAGGACGUUAAAGACUGUUCAUGGGUAUUUGACUGAUGAAGUGUGGGAGGGGGCGAAGGGUUUGGUAGAGAAAUUGCCGGAGGGGCUGAGGGGGCAGGUGGAGUUGGUUGAUCAUGACGAGAGGAAGACAACGGAAGAUGGGGAGACGUUGAGACAUCUGAGGGUUCCGGGCGUGAAGGGCGCGGUGGUGCAGAGGCACGCGGCUAGUUUGUGGCCUUAUAAACUGGUGGCGUGGGUUUUGCGAAAGUUGUUGGAGAAGUAUCCUGUUCAGGAGAACGAUAGGUUGGCUGGUCUGCACAUGGGUGGAAAGGGAAGGGCUAAAGGGGGAUUUAACCUACAAAGCAACACUCCCGUCUUGGGGCUGCACAGACUCCGCGGCGGAAAAUGGAUGAUAACCACCAGCCGAGGUGAAAUCAGGGCGAACAGAGUGUUGAUCGCAACAAACGGGUACACGAGUAACCUGCUUCCAGGAAUGAAGGACUUGAUCAUCCCCGUCCGAAGCCAAGUUGCAUCCUUGCGGCCGCCCAAGGACGUUAUCACCAAAAAAGUAGCAGAGCUGGAUUACAGCUACGCGUUCGUCAGCGAAGAGAAAUUUCCUAGGGAUGAGUAUCUUAUCCAGCGCCCGCUUCCCGGAGGCGAGCUAAUCUACGGCGGAGCUCGAAGUCACGCGGAGAAUAAGGCCGUGGGAGUAUGGCAGGACGACGACGUUGAGCGAGGCGUCGCGACCUAUCUGAGGCAAAACCUGGCGCCGUAUCCGUUGGAUUUGACCCCUGACAAAAGUGGCGCUGUUCCUACUCCCAACAAUACGCCUACGGAUGGCAACGAGACGACGGAACUCAAAGCUACGCAUCAGUGGACGGGCAUCAUGGGCUUCAGCAGAGACGCGAGUCCGUGGGUUGGUCAGGUCCCGGAAAUGCUUGGCGGCGGAGAGAAUCUGUAUGUGUGUGCGGGUUAUACGGGACACGGGAUGCCGCAGGCGGCGUUGGCGGCGAGGAUGGUGGCGGAGGAGAUAUUGGGUAAACCCGUUAGGGAUGAUGGGCUUGAGUUGCCGAAGGAGAUGAAGUUGACGGAGGAAAGGGUGAGAUAUGUGAGGGAGAAUACGAAGACGUUGCAGGAGCAGCAGAAGGCGCCGGGAUGGUCGGCUACGAUGCCGGAGUUGUUGGCUGUUACGGAACGGAGAGGUUGA